AUGAAAACAUUAUUUGAGGGUAAAAUCACACUAGAAGGCUCCCACACUCCUGAUAAUAAUUCCUUGACUGAUAAUUUACUAUUUAAUCAAAGGAAUGAUUAUUUUUUUAACGAAAAUUAUAACACAAACCCACAUGGAUUUUCUUUAGAUAUUUUAACAUGUGCUCAAGAAAUAAAAAAGCCAUGUACUGCCUUCAGAUUAUUAAGUUUUGAUAACGAAAAAACAUCAAACCUAGAGCCUUUUCAAGAUAAUUUUUCCAAUCAAAAUUUUCCGACCCUUAAUUUUAAUUACACAGAUAAAAGCCAAGAAAAGGCUUUUAAGCUUAAGCCAAGGCAGCUUUUUGCUGAUAGCAUUAAUCUGGAUGCCAAAUCAGCUUUAGCAAAUGGUGAAAAUUUACCAAACCCUAUUGAGAGUCUUGGUAAAAAGGGUGACUGAAGCUCGCUUGACUCAAAAAACUCCGCUGGAUAUAUAGGUAACAUAAGCGAGCACUUUAUGCUACCCAAAAUCGUCGAGACUAAUGAAAAUUUAACCAAAAUCGAUUACAACGAAGGAGAUUCUUCUUUAACUAGUGUUGGAGAUACAUGUGAAGAUGAUAUUGUGGAAACUGAAACUAAAGGAAAUCAAGAAGAGCAAGAAAUUAAUACUCAUCAGCAUGAGUGCCAUCCAAGUAGCCAUCAAUUUUCUGGUGAAAGAACCUCUCUAUGGAAGAAAUUCUGGAACUCUCUGAAUUGCUGUGUGGAUUAUCAGACAGCAAACAGUCGCCAAAGAUUUUAUAAGUGCAAAAAAUGCCAUAAAUCAUGGUUAGAGUCAGAUUUUUCUUUAGAAAUGAUAAUUAAUUAA